AUUUAGCAUWCAUCGUUUUUUAAUUAAAUUUUGCAUUAAAUUUAUUGAUAUAAAUAAAAGAUAUCUAAUAACUGYACGUAUUGAUAAAUACCUUCUCAGACGCCUGAGGUGUUUUYUGCGUGAACAACRRCUGGCUCCACAAUGAACAGCUCCAUCGAAAGCAACUCUACCAAGCGCAACUUAGAAAAUUUGGAGAGUGUUUUUGGAUUUAUGGUCUUUCUGAUUCCAUUUGGUGUCAUUAUUCUUCURAUAAAUGCAACUGCAAUGAGGGUGUUCCUUCRUGGACGGUUCCGAUCCAAAAAGUCGAGUUAUUUACUCGUUAACCUUACCAUUGCAGAUUCCUUAGUGGGGCUUACSAUUGURCUUCUUUGUGCUUUUACAGUAAACCUUAUCCGCAGAGGAAGCGAAGGAAGGUUAGGAAUUGACAUUUUUAGAGGACUGUUCUUCACUUUACAACUUUUCCUGAUUGCUUCUUUGCUUUCACUUUCGGCCAUAGCAGURGAGAGACUGAUAGCAAUCAUGUUCCCUUUCAAACUCCGUUUAGCUUCAUCRCGACASUACUACUGCGCCAUACUUGUCGUUUGGAUUUUGGCUUUUCUUACUCCUGUCAUUAACUUAUUGAAGGUUGAUGGACUCAUCAAUGGCAAUGGAUUCCAAAUUAUUAUCUAUUUYACUGGAUCCCUAUCUCUGGCAACCAUCGCAUUAAGCUACCUUUGCAUCUGGAUUAAGGUGACAUUUUUCCCCGAGGUGAAUACCGAUAUCCAGUCGAACAAUUGUCGRACUGUUAAAGAAAACAAAAAACUUACCAUAACAUUGUUUAUCAUCACUGUCAUCUCGAUCAUAACGUGGUCUCCAAAGGGUAUCAAAGAUGUGUUUCGUUAUGAUGAAGUUUAUUAUCAACCAGUAACAAUAACUAGUGUGYUWUUUCAGCUUCUUCUUCUCAGCAAUUCCAUCUUCAAUGUCAUUGUCUAUGCAUUUCGAAUGCCUGACUUUCGCAGAGAAUUGAAAAAAGUUUUCCCUGUUGGCCAAAAUCAUAAUUGA